AUGCAGGGUGAUAUAAACAUAAAUCCAAGUGGUGAACCAGUGGCAUGGAAUUCAACUCCUUGCAAAGAAGUUCAAGCAGUAGCAGCCACUAAUGGGAUGCCAGAAGAUCCAAAUAGUGAGGAAAUUAGUGUUCUAAGAAACAAGGAGGAGGAUGAAGAGAUGGAGGAAAAUAUUAAAAGCAUUGACAAAGAGGGUGAUUUCUCACCUGGACAGUUGGACAGACUGAGAAGCGGACUAAGAAGAGCUAAACCAAGGAUUACAGUACCUUUACAGAGAUUACUAGAUCUUAAUAGAAGACAUCACUUUUCAUAUAUUGCUCUCUUUGAGCCAUUUCAAAAUCCAUCAAAAGUAGAGAGUUACAGGAGGAGAAUAGGACUAAGAAAUGCCUUAGUUAACUGUUCUUCAAAACUUUGGAUAUUCUGGCAUAAAGAGUGGGAGGGACACAUCUUAUCAGACACUAUCCAACAAAUCACUGUUAGAUUUACUCACACUGGCAGUCAAAAGCAGAUAUUAAUGACAGUAGUUUAUGCUAGAUGCAGUGCAAUAGAAAGACUUGAAUUAUGGGAAGAUUUGGAGAAUGUUAUUGAAGGCAAUCACUUGCCUUGGGUGGUAGGUGGGGAUUUUAAUGUGAUAAGAAAUGAAGAGGAAAAGCUUGGAGGGCUACCAGUGUCAAAUUUAGAGACUAUUGAUUUUGAGCAAUGUUUCAGUAGUUAUGCACUUGAGGAGAUAAAAUUCACUGGGAGUAAAUAUAUAUGGUGGAAUGGAAGAAUAGGGGAGGCUUGCAUAUUUAAAAGAUUGGACAGAAUAAUGGGCAAUCAAAAGUUUUUUGAGUUACUCCCAGCUUCAGAAGUAACACACCUGUUGAGACAAGGAUCAGAUCAUGCACCUUUACUGGUUAAAUGCAACACAGAUAGUGAACCAGUGAUUAAGCCUUUCAAAUUUUUGAAUUUUUGGACAAAACACAAAGAGUUCAAGAAAAUUGUAGAGGAUAAUUGGAAGAUUGAUUUUGUAGGGUCCCCAUUUACAGAGGUACAUGCAAAGAUGAAAAAAAUAAAGGCUGCUCUGGCAAAAUGGAGCAAAAAAGAAUAUGGGAAUAUUUUUCAGCAAAUUGCUACAUUAGAGGAUAUUAUUCAGACCAAAGAAGCUCAACUAGAGAAGUCAGGAUUGAGAUGGUUCAAGAAUGGGGACAAAAAUACAAAAUUCUUCCACUCCUAUGUGAAAGGCAGAAGGAAGAGGAUGAAUAUAGAGGAGAUCCACACUGAUCAAGGAGAUAUCAUUAGUGGUACACAGAACAUUGGGGAAGAAGCUGUCAAAGUUUUUAAUGGGCAAUUUAAUGAGGUGAGGGGAGACAGAGAUUACAACAUGCUGCAGAAUAUUCCUUCUUUGAUCACACAAGAGGACAAUGACAGUAUCAGUAAACCACCAACAGAGAAUGAAGUAAAGAUAGUGGUGGAUGCUUUAAAUAGAGACAACACUAGUAGACCUGAUGGCUUUUCUGGAUUGUUCUUUCAGACAUGUUGGGACAUCUUAGGCAAGGAUAUCACUAGAAUGGUGCAGACAUUCUUUGCUGGACAAGAGUUGCCAAGAUCUAUAAAGAAGAUGAUGAAGGUGCUAAGAGAAUAUGAAUAUGUUUCUGUCCAACUGAUCAAUUUAUCUAAAAGUUUUAUAUAUCUUCAUGAGAAAGUGCCUAUUGCAGAUUGCUCAAGAAUAAGGAAAUUGACAGGAAUAGGUCAGGGAUCUUUUCCUUUCACUUAUUUGGGAUGUCCUAUAUUUUAUGGGAGAAGAAGAUCAGAUCAUUUUGAAGAGCUGCUGAAGAAUGAGAAAGAGAAUAUUAUUGUGGCAGAACAAACUACUUUCUUUUGGGGGAAGAUACAUUUUGGUAGCUCAUGUGCUCCAAUCAAUGCAUGUAUAAGAAGUAAGCAUUGGGUAGCAUGGGAGGACUUAUGCAGUACAAAAGAAGAAGGUGGCUUGGGUUUCACAUCACUGCAUGACAUAUCCAAUGCACUUUUUGCUAAACUAUGGUGGAAGUUCAGGGUAUCUACAGACUCACUGUGGAGUGCAUUUAUGUGGAACAAAUACUGCAAGAAAGACCAUCCUAUAAUGGCCAAAAGCUUAGGGGGAUCUCAUAUUUGUAGGAAGAUGGUGAUGAUCAGGGAAGAGGUGGAACAUAAUAUUUGGUGGCAAACCAUUGAUGGGUCUUCAAGUUUCUGGUAUGACAAUUGGACAAAGCUAGGGGCUCUAUACUAUAUAGAGGGGGACAAUGCUAAGGAAGAAGAAAUAGAGGUCAAAGAGUUUAUUCAUAAUGGGAGUUGGGAUAAACAUAAGCUUCUGAAUCACUUGUCGAAAGAAAUAACAGAAUGUAUAAUAGAUAAUGUUAAACCAGAGUUAAUUGAGGGGAGGAAUGAUAAAGCAUGGUGGAUGUUGGAAAAGAAUGGAGAAUUCACUGUGAAAUCUGCCUCGGAGGCUUCUAUAGCCAAUAGGUUGUGGAAGCAAUUUGCUACUUGUGCAGGUAUAAACAUAGAAGGCAUGCAUUUGCAACAUCUAAUCACAAAAUGGUGGACCAAAGAUGCUAACGUAAAGCUAAUGGCAAUUCAGAGAGCAGUUCCAGCAAUGAUAAUGUGGGCUUUGUGGAGGAGAAGGAACACAAUCAAACAUGGAGGAAAAUGCAGUUAUAAUCAGAUGAAAGAGCAGAUCAGAGUUCAGAUACACCUUUUCAUUAAGUUGAAAUACCCUUGGAUGCAAAAAAUCCCUACAGAAUGGUAG